GUGAAAACCUUGGUUACGAGCCGUGUCUCCAAUCUGAAAUCAGCAUGUACGUCCGCUCGUCCAUAACCUUUGGUUGGACCGCCGAGAUCUGGCUUGUCAGCUGAUUGUGAUUCUGUCUGUGUCAACGUUCCCAAGACGCUCUCUCGCUCUCUCUCUCUCUCUCUACAUACACGUGUAUAUAUCAGUGUAUGUACGGAGUUGUAUAGCAACACCAAAUCGGAGACAUAACACUGAUCAGAAGAGAGAGGGCGACGAUGUUCCUGAUGGGAUUUAUUAGUUUGCAGAGCUUGUUGGACCUAAUAGUAGCUGGGUUUUCUCUGGUAAUUGGGUUGGGGAUUUUCGCAUUCACUGCUUCCAUUCUUUGCACUGCUGCUUUCUUGCAAAACGCCAAGGACGUCUCUUGAUCCCCCAAAUUUCAAGGCAGGAAACGUGCAAGAUUAUGAAGUUUUGAAUGGAAUAAAUGGGAGCAUGUUGUACUUUCUGUAGACUUUCACGUUCUUUGACUGGCAUCUUCGCUGUUCGGUGCACAAUAAGAGAGCAGCACAACAUGAAACUGGGUUGGCGUUGCCCCUGUGACUUGUUGUAAGGUUCGUUUUUUCAGGAAAAUAGGCAAGUUUGAGAGAGACCAUGAUGUACGGCAAGCAUUUUGUUUCAAUGUAACAAAAAAACUGUACUGUGUUUUUUGCAAAGCAAAAGAAUGUAGGAAUUUCUCCUGAAACCGAUAGUGGAACACUUUCUCUCGAGUCUGUUACUAGUUGGAAAGGAUGGUAUGGUUACUAUGGUUUGCCUGAUCUUGAAUCGUAACCCGAAUGAGAAACAAUCAACAGAUCUCUUGGUCA